GAUCUACACGUUGAUAAACUACACGUCUGCAACACUACAGUGAGAAAUCGAGAAAUCCCCUCCGCGAGUGGAGUUUCAUUCAAACAGAAAUAUCAUGUUUCCUGUGAAGUUUUUGCAUUGCUGUCCGAUGCAAGAAUUUCUGUAAAUGAGCCAACGGUCGUCCAGCCGUAACCCAGGACGUCUGGACAAAAGAGGUCAAGGUUCCAGCGGCUCUGACAGCAAAAUAGCGGGAAGGUCCGACCGUGGUUCCGCUGCGGUUGACGGCUCCCAAAAUGGCCGUCCGCCUGCUCGCAAUCGCAGGCGGGAUUACGAGGACGGACGACCGGGGAAGCACUCACAAAAAUCUGAUAGUAAACAAACCAACUCAAAGACAAGCACUGGCCGGAGGCUGUUUUCGGACAACUCACAGCUGUCGUCAUUGGUCAGCAAGGCUCUUCACGAUGACGACAAAGACAGACGGAUCACAGCCAUGAGGAACCUCAAGGACUAUAUACUGAGAAACGAUCAUGCUAAGGAGGUACAAAGACAAGCAGACAACCUUUUACUGGUCCUUUAUGAUGCCAUCAAUGACAGGACCAGCCAUGACAUCCGCUUGGAGGUUGUAUUCUGCAUAGCUUCAGUGGGCUGUCAAAUCGGCCAUGACCUCAGACGGUUUCUCCAGGGGCUCUUCAACAAGAUCCAAGGCACCUCUUCAGAUGAGAUCAAAUGUCUUUUCUUACUGGUUAUAGUGCAGGUCUUGAAAAAUGAUAACGAAAAGCAGCAAUGCAAGAACCUGAUCGCAUUCAUCAUGAGCAACAUACAAACCACACUGGAGAACGCAGACACACCAGAACUGCUGGUUUCUUCAGUGAACGCCAUUCAUUACAUUUGCCAGCGUUAUCCAAGCACGUUCAAUGAUCACUUCAAGGACACUGUGGAUAUUCUGGUUGGCUGGCACAUUGACACGUCCCAGAAGCCUGCAUUGAUCAAAUACUGCUCUGAUACCCUCAUCAGUUUCCACAAGUACUGGCUAGCUGACAUCAACUUCUCUGUUACCCUUCUUGGACAGUUUCUUGAAGACAUGGAGGCCUACUCAGAGGACCUGACCCACUGCUGCAGUGGAACGUCUGGAGCUGGCGAUGGUAGCAAAGCAGAUGAUGAAGAGCCGCAGACGCCCGAGAUCUGUAGGAGUAAGAUCCUGGCACUCAUCAAUGUCUUUGCCACUGUCGUCAAGUGUCUGGGAGAUGGCUUCAGCCCUAGGCCUGGCUCGCCUAUCACUUCCGAUUAUCUGACUGAGGUGUUCAGUGGCAUCCUUCGGUGCGUCCAAACUGUUCAGAAAGAGAGCCAAGCCGACGGCACGGAUGAACCCAUCGUGCUAGCAGCCAACGAGUGCCUGUCCGUGCUGUGCGACAGCGUCCGAUCCUCCCUGGCCCAGUGUCGGCACGACAUGGUCAGCUUUGCCCUGGGGCAGCUGGACAGGGCCCUGCAGGUGGACUUCCCCCGAAAUGUGGUCCUCCUCCCAGCCCUGUCCUUGCUUUACAGGGUCUUGAAAUACCAGAGCACUGGCCUGCCUUCUGACAUGGCAGAGAAGCUGUUUGGACCAGGGUCAAAGUUCAAGAAGCUACGGUUCCACAACAACCAAGAGGUGCUGGCUAUGCUUCUAAAAGUCUACCAGAAACUGCUCUGCAUCAAAGACGUUCCCAUGCUGGAGGCCAUAUACAGCUUCCUCCUGGCUGACCUGGAGAUCGCCUACCAAACCCUCCUGGUCUUCACUGGCUCAGAGGCACGGUGCCAGCUGGUCUCAGACAACCCCAUCAAGGACAUCCAGCCCACGGUGCAGGAGGCCGAGGUCAUGGUGGUGUUUGACCUGAGUGCUCUGUCGGAGAUCGGAAGCACCAAGAGCUCUAUCAUUGUCAUGUGGGCCCUGUCCCCCAGCCUGUUUGAGCUCCUCACCAAGCACCUUAGUACCGCUCACUGGCCCAUUGCCGAGUGCUUCCCAGCUACUCACUACUCAUUACUCAACACGCUGUGCGCUCACAGCGAGAGCAACGCCCACUUCAUCUCCAGCAGCUUCGGCCUAUCCUCCACCAACCUGGGCUCAGGCUCCUCAAAGACCAGCAGCUACUUCCGCACCAUCCUCAACCUGCUGGGCACCGUGCUGCCCCACCCCGCCGUGGCCAACGACAGCAGGCGCCUCUGUCUACAAUGGUUCUACAGCAUUCUGCAGCAUCUACAGCAAGGAGACUACAAGAUCCUCUAUGUCACAGCCCCUUUCAACCUGGCUAUACAAGCCCUCCUCCCAUUGGCCCACAGCAAGGAGCUCAACAUCUGCUUGGGAGCCUGCCAGUGUCUCCAGCUGGUGCUCAGUUGCGGGGAACCAUGCACGGACUUCCUCUUGGGGUGUCUUGAGAUGUGUAAAGUGAAGUUACUGAGUACCAACGAGGUUGUCAGGAAGGCCUACACAUCCCUGUUAGCCAGGAUACCCAGUGACAUCCUCCUCAGGAGCGAAACCACCCCUCUGACCCAGGCCAAACGUCUCUGUGAACGCAAACAGGCAACAGUCACCUUCUCUGAGGAGGAUCCCCAGGGCCUGCAGGCUUUCCGUCUGGCCCGGCGUAGCCACAUCAACAGGACGCCCAUGGGCACAUUCCACUCCCAGGAUUUCAGAACGGUCCUGGCCUUCAUACUCCUCGGAGAAGCACCCAGUGACCCGGAAUGGUUGGAGAAACUAUACCACAGUUGCCAAAGGCCUGACAAGAGUGGUAACCACCGUGGAGAGAUCACCCUGCCUGAUUUUAUUGAUGGUAACAUCGCCCUGCAGUGGUUCUGGGCCACCUGGGAGGCAGCCCAGUACUGUGUCCUGGCAAGGCUGAGAACGCCCCUAGGGAAACCCCAGGAAACAUUCAGAGCUAUAGAAGCGGCUCUCUUGGACUUUGGACGAGACCCCAAAUGCCAGACAGAAGGGAAUUCUAAAGCAGAUUGCAAAGUUUUGAGUCCUGCCUACCACCUGCAUCAACUCAGACCAGUGCUCCUGCUGCAGUUCUUGGAGCAUCUUGAGAAGUUGAUGUACAACGCCUACGAAGGAUGCUUCAUAGCCAUGCCUUCAACACCAAAGGCUGUGAGGACGUUCUUCCGCACCAACCGAGCCACUUGCCAGGACUGGCUAAGCAACAUCCGCUGCCUGGCGCUGGCUGCCGCAGCCAACUGCGGCCAGCAUGCUGUCGCACUCAGGCAUGGCCUUAUCAGGAUCAGUGACCUUGUCGCCAAGAACAAAACAACUGGUCACUUGUUUGAGGACACCUCCCUGCGAAUCGUAGCCAGCCUGAUCCAGCUCCGUAGCCCCCAUGCCAUCACGGGACUGUGCAGGUGGAUCCAGGACCAGUCGGGUAGAUCCUUUGGCUGGAUGACGGCCUGCCUGCCCGCAGCCGAUGCCAGACAUGAAGCUUGCACCACUGAAACCCUUCAGGCCAUCAAGAAGUACCUCCAACUGGACAACAUUCCAGGCUAUCCCAACCUCCCAAAGGCAUCGUCCUCGGCUGACCUGGUCCAGGCCGGCACAAGGUCAAAGGUCGGCGAAGGUCAUUCAACCCCAACCAAAGUCUUAACCCGGAAUUCGGAGACGGCACAGCAGGUGGUGGUGCAGAGCCCCCGAGUGCUGGAGUUUCUGCUGAACCAGGUCACCCAGACCUACGUGGCCGUAUCCAACUGGACCUCAGCUUUAAAGUGGCAGGAGAGCCUCGCAGAGCUGCGCUCCAUGGUGCCCGAGGCAUUACAGAAGCACAUGGUGCUUGGCUGUGAUAUCAAUGUCAUCAAAGCUCUCAGCCAUUUUGAUGACAAGGACUUCCCUUCCGUCGCCGACCACCUGGACCUCAUCCCUGGUCUGUCACCAGACCCAAAGGACUCGGAUGACAUCCUCAUGGCUCCAGACCUCAUCCAUAGGCCGGAGGCCGUACUGCAGAGGGGUGAGCUGGAACUGGUCCGAGCCCUGACUCACUACCACAGGAGCGGAUGCAUCAAUGCGUCGCCGACGGCGCUGAGCAAGGAUGUGACGUGUCAGCACUCGGAGUUGCUCAUUGUCUGCAAGAUGCUGGAUCGUGCCCACCAGAUGGCAGUGAGCAGCCUGGCCCUAGCCUGGCAGGACUGGCCCUCCCACCCACCGGCCGAAUUUGCCAUGCUGAUGCAGAGGGCUAGGGCCAUCACAAACACCAUACAGGGAUACUUGCAGGAUUGCCUUGUGCCGCUCUCUGAUGUCCUCAGGCUGGAGCUAGCCCAGCAUGACAUUGGUACCGUGGGUCAGGUGUCAAAGGUCACAACUUACCAGCACGAGCUAUGCCAGGAAGCCCCCAGUUUUGCAGGCUUGGCCUCAGAGGUUGCAGCCCACCUCGCCAAAGUCCAGCUGGCUACAGUCCAUCUGGCCCGAAAGCAAGGCAACCACAAAUACGCCCAGCAGCUGCUCCUGCAGCACUUGGACCUGCUGUCCCCAGCUAAGGAUGACAACACUGCUGCAGCGUCCCUGAACUUAGAGAUCCACAACAGCAGCAAGAAGUCGGCCCAGCCUCUGCUGACUGCCCUGGCAGCAUUGGACAGCCGCGGCGUCACGUCACUGGAGACGCUGCGCGUGGUCCGGGAGAGCUCCAAGCUCCUCCAGGCCAUGGGCUACCACCAGGAGGCCUGGGAAUGCCUGGUGGGCUGCAGUGUCCAGCACUCCACGCUGGUCAGCGCCAGCGUGGUCCGCGACCCGGAGGUGCGUGACGUCAACGCCCGCGCCCUGCUCAGCUUGGUCAAGUGGUUCACUGCGGACUACCGCAGCGCCGUGCCGCACCUCAAGAUGGCCGCGUGGUCAGACAGGGCAAACGAAGGGGCAUCUCCUCUGGCCAAGAACAUCUCAGUGCUGCUGGAUAUUGAGCACACAGGGGCAGGAGAAGGACUCGGGCUGGGCACUGGAGACAGUUCAGAUGCAUCUAGACAGGAAGUUGUCGGGAGGAGUCCUGCCAUCAGCGAGACUGAUGCUGUUUGCGGUCGUCUCCUGCAUCUCAGCACCAUGCAGGCGCCCUCGCUCACCAAGGCCUGGUCAUCCCUGGCGUCUUGGUGCUACCGCUGGGGACGUAAAGCUGUUGAUGUCGCCAGCUCGGAGGGCGGAGUCCAGUUGACCGAGGAGGAGAAGGCAGAGGUUCUGACGUCGUUGCCAGUAGAGAUUACCAACAGCGAGACGGACAGCAUCCUGUCUAUCUUGAGUCAGGCUCACUGCAGCGCCACCAGCAUACAAGAAGAAGAUAUCAUAGAGCAUAUGCAGUCUGCUUACCAUGACGGCACAGAGACCACACGUCGGCAGCUGCUAAGCGCUUGCCCCUCCCUGCAGAGUGCUGAGCCCAAGGUGGUGAGCAACCUCCUGGAGGUGUGGAAUGGUGUCUGCCGGCGCAUCUUCAGCCACUACCGGCUGGCGGCCAGAAGCUACUUCACCUUCCUCAAGCUGGCUGGAGAGCCAUCCAAGAAGCUGUGCGUCAGCCACCACAUCGACAGCGCUGCCCUGGACAGCCUACGCGACUUCGGCGAGACGGAGGCAGAUUCGGCCGAGGCGCAGGCCACCCACGAGGAUGGCAACAUCACGGCCACCCUGCGGCUGCUGCGACUACUGGUGAAAUAUGCCGGAGAGCUGAGGGACGUGCUGGAGGACGGGCUGGCUCACACACCCACGGGACCCUGGAAAAGCAUCAUUCCACAGUUGUUCUCCCGGCUCAGUCAUCCCGAGGCCUAUGUCCGUCAGUCCAUCUCCGAUCUUCUCUGCCGAGUCGCCCAGGACUCCCCACAUCUGAUUGUCUAUCAGGCCAUUGUCGGCUGCCCUUCCACCACGGCGGAAGACAAGAAAAGCAAAGAUGUUGUCCAACAAGGAGUGAUCUCCAAGCUUCUCAAGAGUCCAAGCAAAGAUGUCACCGCUGAAGGUGACGAUCUCCCGGAGGAUGCCACACCCAACACCAAUCCCGAAUCCGCCCAGGAGAAGGAGGAGGUGGAGGAAACGACAGAGGAUGAGGAGCACAACCGCUCCCUGAGCCUCCUGGAAGACUGCCUGACUGCCAUCGUGGGCACCCUGGGCAAGCACAGCCCCGAGCUGGUCAGCCAGGUGGAGGCACUGGUGCAGGAGCUGAGGCGGAUCACGGUGCUGUGGGAGGAGCUGUGGCUGGGCACAUUGAAUCAGCUGCAUGUGGAUGUGACCCGGCGCUUGCAUCAGCUAGAAGAUGAAGUGAAGAGAGUCCAGCGGAACGAUGGACUGUCAGCUGCCGAGAAGAAACUCAUCAUUGCAGAGAAACACAACGCCAUCAUGAAACCGGUGGUCUACUCCUUGGACCAGGUUCACUCCAUCACCAGCCAGCCAGCAGAGACUCCCAACGAGAGAGCCUUCCAGGAGGCUUACCAGGAAGCCAUAGAGAAGGCCCUCAACGCUCUCAAGAAUCCAGACACUCCUAACAAGCCCCAGUCCAGCUGGACACUCUUCAAACAGCUUCAUGCAGCACUGCAGCAGAGGGCCACCAGGAAAGCCACCUUCAUGCUACAGAUGAGAGACAUCAGUCCCAGACUGUCAGGCAUGGAGGACACCACCAUCCCACUACCGGGGCUAGUCUGUCAUCCCAGCCAGGUUGUAACCAUCUCCUCCUUUGACAACUCGGUCAACAUCCUGCCCACCAAGACCAAACCCAAGAAGCUGGUAUUCCACGGAGCUGACGGUAAGAGGUACACCUACCUCUUCAAGGGGCUGGAGGACCUACACCUGGAUGAGAGGAUCAUGCAGUUUCUCUCCAUCGUCAACACCAUGUUUGCCCGCAACAAGAGGCAAGAGGCAUCACUCUACCAUGCCUGUCACUAUUCCGUGACGCCCCUCGGCCCACGGUCAGGCCUCAUCCAGUGGGUGGAUGGAGCCACAGCGCUGUUUGGACUGUACAAACGCUGGCAGCAACGUGAAGCUAUCGCUGCCGCAGCAGCCAAGAGUACCAACUCCUCCACUGGUCAACCACCGGUGCCAAGACCCAGUGAGGUGUACUACAAAAAGAUGAAACCGGCCCUGGAAGAUAUGGGACUGUCGGAUCAGACUGCUCGCAAGGACUGGCCACUCAGCAUCAUGAGAAAUGUCAUGCAGGAACUUAUCAAAGAGACGCCCAGCGAUCUCCUAGCAAAGGAGCUGUGGUGUUCCAGUGGCAGCUCCUCCGAGUGGUGGCACAUCACCCAGGCUUACUCCCGCUCCACCGCUGUCAUGUCUGUCAUUGGCUACAUCAUCGGCCUUGGUGACCGUCACCUUGACAACGUCCUGGUCAACUUCCUGACAGGGGAUGUGGUACACAUUGACUACAACGUGUGCUUUGAGAAGGGCAAGAACCUACGUGUGCCAGAGAGAGUACCGUUCAGGAUGACACAGAACAUACAGACAGCUCUGGGUGUGACCGGCGUAGAGGGAACCUUCCGCCAAUCGGCUGAAGAGGUGCUGAAGAUCAUGCGCAAGGGGCGGGAGACCCUCCUGACCCUGCUGGAGGCCUUUGUCUAUGACCCCCUGGUGGACUGGACCACAGCCAACGAGGGGGGCUUUGCCAGUGCUGUCUACGGCGGGGGCCAGAUGAACCCCGUGGUGGCCGACAGCGGGCAGGGCAAGCGGGAGAUGGAGCGGGACAUCACCAGGAGCCUCUUCUCCUCCCGAGUGGCCGAGAUGAAGGGGCCCUGGUUCAAGAACAGAGAUGACAUGCUGGAUGCCCUGUCCAAUCUGGAGGAGCAGCUGACCACGUACCUCGAUGCCGUGCAAGAGAGCAAGAUACUGGAGGACGGUACCGACCAGUACACCCAGCACUCCAGAGUCCUUCAGGGUGCGCUCAAUGACAAGAACCACGCCCUGCAUACACUGCAGAUCAGGUACAGGGAGUGUCAGCAGGUGGAAGAUGCCCGGGUGGCCACCUCCCAGGCCAUCCAGGACAAGCUGCGCGAGCUGGACCUCUGGCACAUCCAGCACAAGUUGGCCCUGGAGACGGCCAGGGGUAACCACCUGACGGCCAUCAGCCAGGAGACGGAGAAAGACCUGGACCUGGGUCCAGCACCGUACGCGCCGUGUGUAAAAUUCCUGACUUCUGCUGGACAGACGCAAAUCAUCGGGCAGUGUGAGCACCUUGAGACGGAACUGAGCGGCCUGUUGCAGCAGCGACGCACCAUGCUUCAAGGUUGUGUGGAGAUCUUACAGACUUACUGCAACAUGGCAAGACAGUUCCCAACCAACUUUGCGGAGAUGAAUCGGGCUUACGUAUGGCAGACCUGGCUUCAGGAACUUGUCUGUGAUUUCACGUCAUCAAAGUGCCAAGUGCUGCAGGUCAGGUUCAAGGCCAAGUACAGCGCCCCAACCCCGGCCCACACCAAGGCAGCGGCGGCCACAGAGGAAGCCCUGAACGGCCUGAUGACAGAAGCCAACGCCAAGCUGGUCAAGGCCAUGGAGGCCACGAUGCCGCAGGCCAACUUGGCCCAGUCGGAAGGGGCGCUGCAGCAGACCUACGCCGAGAUAUGCAGCUUUGUCAAAGAGAAUGGUGAUGCAGGCGUGAUGACGCUAACAGCGGUCUUGAUGAAUGCCCUCUGCUCAUUCAGCCAAAGAUCACGCAUCAUGGAAGGAGCUGUUGCAGGUGCUGGGGACCUGUUGGUCGACUUCACCUCCCGUAAUGGUAACUGGUUCCUGGAGGAACUGUGUAGCAUGAUAGCCAACCUAGACGUCAUUGUCAACCUGGUCAGCGGUUGUCAAUGGCCGGAGGGCUUUGACGCAGGCCCCAUCCUCUCCGCUCUUGAUUGCUUCAGGCUAAUCCGCUUGGUCUACGAAGCCCUGCAGAACGUCCAUAGCCAGUACCGCAAAACCAUCCUGCCACGGGCCAUCGCUGGCCUGCAGUCAGGGGACGCCACGGUGGACAAGGUGAUCCAGGACCUCCGGGAGUUGUGCGAUGGCCCCUCACUCCUUCCCAGGGUGCUACAGCAGAUUGAACAGGACCUGACCAGUGUGACGCUUGGCAUGGAGGGCGAUCUGAUCUCAACAAGCGUUGUGGAAAUGCUACGCAGCAGGUUCAACUCCCUCCUGCAAGCGGGCAGUACCGGGGACCCUUCCACCGCCACCGUCCCCCCACCGCCGCCCCAGGCCCCCACCCAGGGCCAGGUACUCCUGGCCCUGCUCAGCGCACCCUUUGCCAAGGUGGAGGCAGCUAUCCAGGAGUUUGUGGCCACGAUGGAGCAGCUGUCGGUGCCGCCGCAGUGGAGGAGGAUGGACGUCAUUCAGGAGGCCAAGAAGAUGCAGUCCACUGUGCUGAAUUCCAACACCCAGCAACUCCUCAGGGACUGGGCCUUCAUCAGGCAGCUUGAGGCGAUGCAGGACUUCAUCACACUCUGCCAGCAAUAUGCAAGGGUGACCAACGGUUGUCAGGAGAAUAUCUCUGAGUUACAGGUAGCACUAGUAUCAGAGGCUCAGUUCAUCAAACCUAUCAAGAAGUUUGUGGCUGGUUUGAUCAGAAAACAGGAUAGGAUUCCAUCCAUUGCAUCCCCUUCCCUAUUCUGUAGACUACGGUUGUCCAAUCCACUCAUAACUCAUCUUGGGUCAGCAGAUUUCUUCAUUUUUUGCACUUCUCAUACAUACCAUUGCAGAUUGAAAAACACCUCAGAAAAUCUUCUGUGGCUUGAAUUUUUCUCAUUUUGUCUACAUUACCAGUUGGCCCUGGAUGUAGGAGCCAACUCCAAGGCCUCCCUGGAGGACAUGUGCAAGAAGGCCCUGGACCUGGCCAUCCAGAAGGGCCUGGUCCAAUCCCACCUCUACCAGGUGGUGAACAAUUACACCAAGAAGUAUGAUGCAGGCUGGAGGGCCUUAGCCCAGGCUCAGCAGCAAGUCAGUGCAGUAACAGCUUGUCAGGAGACUAUUCAGCACGCCCAGCUGCAGGUGGUUCGGUUCCAGUGGUUGUACGAGGAUAUCUUACAGGAAGCCGGCAUACAGCGGCAGAACAUGCCGUUCCUGCCUCCGUCAAGGUCAAGUGUCAUGUCUGACCUUCGCAAACGUACUCAGCAUCUGCUGUCCCUAGAGGGUGCCAUAACAGCCGUUCAUGACAGGGCCAUCAUUCAGCAGAAUAGCGUCAGCCAGCGAUUGAAGUGGGCGGCAGGUGCUAAUCCGACGCUCCACAAUGUGCUGCACGAGUUUGAGAAGGCUGUGAAGGACCGGGCAGCCACCUAUGCGAUGGAGAACAAAAGGUCAGCGGAGGUGACUGCCCUGAGCAAUGCUAUCCUUCACUUUGAGGCACUACGGACCAGGACCAGUGAAGCUAUCAAUGCAGAGUCCAUCUUCCUUGCUUUACUCAAAAGGUGCCAGGAGAGUUGCCUGAAGGUGGAGCAGUGCACGGCCUCCAUCAGCCAGAUGGAACAGUCUUUCAUUGACCUCCAGCCUCCGACGGCCGAGCUACCCAUUAGCCGCAGGUGGAUCCGCAGCAUGCUGGACCUCCUGGAGCAGAGGACGGCUGAGAGGGAGAACGCGGUGGUGGAACAAGAGGUCAUGGUGCACAGCGGACGGGAAGCCCUGCACAGCCAGAUAGACACAGUCAAGAACACCUUGUCCACCCAUCACAAGCUAAUGUCAGAGGUUAAGACCCAUCUCAAGACGCUGGCCCGAGGGGAGGAGGAGGAGGCAGAGGAUGGUGUCCUUGGCAACAGCGAGGGCGUCUUCAAGACGUUCAUGAUAGAGUACAAGAGCUACUCCGAGGAUUUCACCUCCACACUCAAGGCGCUGCUAGUUGGCUCCUCGGAAGAUGACAAGGAUAGCAUCUUGAAGUUGUCUGAAGUCAUUCCCAAGAUGGCUACCCUGGCAGACCAGACAAAAAGGUUGUGUGAUCAACUGGUUGGUUUGGCUUCUCCACUCGUACCCAAGCUGGUCCCGCCUGACAACAGCCAAGCUGCCAGCACUAGUGAGGACGUGGGCGAGGACUCUAAGGACCUUCAGGUCAUGAAGGGAAGCAAGGCGGGCUCACCCCUGCGGGUGUCUGGACUGCUGGGCCGGGCGGCUGAGGGUACCCCGGCAACGCCCCCAACGGCUUCAAAGGCAGCCGUCGCCGCUCAGCAGCCUAAAGGGUCACCUGCUGUCAUGCGAGACCCCCGCACCGGCAAGGUGAUCCAGGUGCGCAACACCCACGCCAUCAACGUCUGGCGUCGUGUCAAGGGCAAGCUGGACGGACGGGAUCCGGAGCCGUCCAAGAGGCUCAGCAUACCAGAACAGGUUGACUUUAUCAUCAAGGAAGCAACCAGCUUGGACAACCUUGCCACUCUCUACGAAGGCUGGACGGCCUGGGUCUGAACAAGAACGCAGCAUGAACAUCGCAGGAUCCAGAGACAGAGCUAAAAAAAAAAAUGAGAAAACUACAAGUAUAGCGAGAGACAGUAGGGUUUCCCCAGAGCAAACACCCAGAUGGUCAGGGCUGGUCCAAACUAGUUCCAACCAGUUCCAGCCAGAUCACCACAAUAAAAAAAAAAACAACAUGCCUCGUCAGCUUUGAAGAGCAGAGGCUGGUGUUGUUGGGUGGUUCAUGGCAAGACCUUGAGAUAAAAAAAACACAUCACAAGUUUGUGGAGUUCCCUCCCUUUAAAGGUAUUUGUUGGCUAUCUGAAUGCCCAAUCUGCAUCGAACGCAGCCCACGAAAGGGUGAGAGAUGAGAUUAUCCACGUUUUGGCAAAACUCCGGCCGCUGUAUUUUUGUUUCUCGCUUGACAAAAAUUGUGUAGCCGGCAGGCCUGCUGCCUACAAUACCAGAAUUACCAGGCCGUGGGGACAUUGCCAUUAUUAUCUUGUCACAGUCAGAGGGCCCAGAAAUUGAAGAUGGAAAGUACGGUUCGGAACUUUGGAAACCUUUUGAGAAGCAACAGAUUGAUUUUUUCGUCUGUUAAGAAUUGUGCGGGAUUCACAAGUUAAGUAUUUCUCCGGUUUUAAUCCGGGUUAACCUGUACCAUCAACCAGUUAAUUGAAGCUAAUCCUGGUUACUGUCGUCUGUAAUUUAGUUGAAUGAAAUUGUUCGCAGGUUUAUGGCAAGUUUCAUUGAAAAUGAAUGCAAACGCCUACACUGAGUAUUAGAUUCCACCGGCAAAGAUGGUGAACUUUCCACUGGUUAUUGCUUGGCAAAAAAAAUAACAAAUCAAGAGCAGGUGGAAUCAUCGUAUUAAAUCAUCACACUCAACAAGGUCACAAAAGAACAAUCACUGGAAAAAUUUCACUCCUACGUUAAUGGAGCAUUCCAAACUCAAUAUCAGUUUCACUUUCAUGUAGCCUUUUGUGACAAAAUGACAUGUCUGCUAAACCAGUGACAAGUCUUCACCCAGACACACAAAUUAGUAUGUUGAUGAAAUACAACUUCAGAAGACCAUUUUUUUUUAGGAUUUCAGUGGUCCCAUUGGUCUUAUUAUUUGUGACACUUUCACUAUGUUAUCAUGCGUAGUAUUUGUCUUUCCCAAUUGCAGGUCAGUGUAGUUCACCAGCUUAACCCAGCCAUAAAACAAAAUUCAUCCUCGUAUUGAGUGUGGCAAUUUCACAGGCCGUGUAACAUGUGACAGAAUGUCCUGUGAUUUCUCAAAACAAACGUUUGCAAGUUAUGCUGUGUAGCGUUUAUGCUGCUCCUUCUCCAGUCGGUAACCCGCAACGAUGAGAAAGCGGACGAGAUUGUAUUUGGAGCCCCUGAGUAGUCUCCAUCUUCACAUCUCUGAUGAUUAAAUGAGUCCGUGAAAAAAAAAACUAAUUACAGAAGACAUGACCAAUUCUAUGAACCCAGUCUUAAAAGGAUUAGCUCUGAAUGAGUGACCGUCAGCAGCUCAGUCGUUACCUGAGCAGUGAUCAAGUAAAAGAAUGUUCUCAUUUUUGCUGCCAUUCCAUCGACUUGAACCGGUCAUGAAUACUCAACAUUGUGAAUCUUAAACUUCUGCUUUCAUCUGCGGUGAGGGAAGAGGACAGAAGGUUUUCCAAAGUGUUCUUGUUGAAAAGUUACUUCAUGUUAUAAAGCACUUGCACGUUUUAUAUUUCUUUUUUUUGUCGUUUGGUAGAUUGUAAAGUAAAGACAUGAAAUACUCAGAGAAAUCACUUAUAAUCAGUGCACAAUGAUGGCUCAUAAGAUGAGAAAUAGAAGUGCUGUUCUUAGGCUGGCAGUGAGAAACAAUGUCACUGUUUUCGGCUCUGUGCGUGGCUGUUGAGGGUGGUGUGAUGCGCCCCAAACAGAGGCGUGGGCUGGUUUGGCCGGGGGGGGUGUGCGAUUUUAAAGAAAGUGGAACUCCAACUUCCAGCAUUUAAACAAGAAAGGAAAGUGCCCAUGUGAAAAGCAGAUUGCCCCAGAUACAUGUAUUUGCUGUUUUACUUUUCGGUCAUCGUGUAUCAAAACCCACGUACUUUCACCUUAAUAAAAUAACGUACUGCUGUUUGGUUUAAAAAAUAAAAAUAUGAACACCUCAAGCAGAACUCUUCCCCCCCAGCACCCCCUGGCCUACGCCGUUGCCAAAACAGAUCCCUGGAUAGUUUGGUGGAUGAGGCUAAUUUGUAUCUGAGUUACAUCUGGGAGUAGCACACACGUCUGUGGGAAAUGGCCGCAGUGGUUAACAAGUUACUUCCAAAGGAACAUUCCUGGCCAUGGUCAAAGAUUUCAGUCUUGGUUUGAGGCCCAUAAUUGUCUGAGCAAAAUAGUGCACUGUGAAAUAUUACUCACAGUCUGUGCAUGUGUUAUUGGGCAGUGAAACUUGCAAGGCCAAUAAGGCUUCAGAUAUUUACCAGGGGGCAUCAGUGACAUCAAUCAGAGCCCUUAGCCAAGGAAUUCUGGAUUUUUUCACAUUCCUGCUUCACAACAAAGUUGCUCACUGCUUUGGGCCUGCUUGGUUCACGAGGGUCCAGAUCUCGGUCAUUAAUCUGUCAUUAGUUCAUGGACGCCAGAGCUCGCCCGAUGGCCAGAGCAAUCCAGUGUUGGGACCGCUGAUCAAGUUCCAGAUCUUUUUGAAACAAAUUGGCCCUGUAAGUGGCCGGGCCACAUUCCAAGGGUACCAGGGAAAGCAGGGCUUGUUGUACCAGGCACGUGAUGUGUGUGCCUUCGUUUCACCACUCAAGAGCCACAGUUUGCACAGAGGAGCUAAGGAAUUCAGAGUAUGCAAUUUUGAAGACAUGUUUACCUUAGAAUCUAUUGUAUGUUCAUUGCCAUUUAUUUCUUGUUAUUAAUGUUAGUGGAUGUUACUAUUGCAUGAAUUAGAAUAUUGUUCGUAGCAUUGUGUACAGUGUAGUCAAUUUGUAACGCACAGCUGUGCAUGUGUUAUGUGUAAGAGAAAGCACGUCUAGUUGGAACAAUCGCUGUCAUCAGCCAGGGGCUUGGUGUGCUGGGGUAGUUUUGAUUGGCAAUCUGAGAAUGAACUCCUCUUGUCUCAGCUGACCUGUAGUUAAGGGCUGUGUCAGAGGAGAGCUCUGUUUUUACUAUUGGGUUCAAGAGUAAAGCCUUGGUAUUACCUUUGACUGUUUGGAUGGACUGAGCAAUAUGUCUGCGGCCACCACUGGAAUUGUAGUUAAAAGAAAGGGAAUUAUUGACAUGAACAAAGGUAGGCAAGAUCCAAAGGCGAGACUUUGGAAUCCCUGUUGAAAUUAUUGUUCAAAACCCCAGUAUUUGCGGAGUUCCCCCUCCCCCCAUCAAAUUGGGAAUACACAGGGAUACUUUCUUCCUUGGAGGGUCUUAUUUUGGCAAUUUUCAAAAAUUUGUGAAAGAUCUGAGGAAUAUUUGGGAAAGCAAUAUUGCACAAUACUCAGAAAUUCAUAGUAGUUGUAAAUGCUUGCUGGUUUUGAGGACAGUGGUGUUCAAGCGCUUAUGUUGUGUCUUUGAUAUAUCUCCUGAUAUUUCUCUGUGCAGUCUCAUGCUGAUGGGAAUGUGUUUCUUCCAACUAGACAGUCUGUCUGGAUUGUAAUUGUUAUCGUUUUUGCGUAAAAGACUGUUUCUUGAUGCAAACGAUGACGUCAAAUUAAGGGGCUACUAUGCGCAUGGAUUCACUGAGCACUGAAAAUUACGACAUUGAGCCCAAUUGCAUGGAACAGCUAAGCAGAAAAGUUUACUUGACAAAUUUAUACACUUAGCAGAAUUGGCCGUGGACCAGUCACAACUAAUGGCAUUUUGGCCGGUAACCUGCUUUUGCCAAGCAAACGUUUCCUUGCAAAUUUAUGAGCUUAGCAACUCUGUUGAAUCAGUUCCUGGUCAUAAGUUGAUUUGUUUUUGACCACACAGCUUUGCUGAGUGGCUCCAUGGCUUUGAACCUGUAGGGGUGCACAUGGAUGCUUUUUUUCGUCGUACUUCCAGGUUGCGAGUUGACUCAAAUCCAGGAAUGAGUUAGAAAGGAAGGCCCCAAAGCAUGGAUAUACAUCGGUGAGGACUACAGAAACAGUGUCUGUAAAUCCACUGGGAAUCCUUCAGGAAAAGGAAAGGAUUUUAAGCCUGCUUAUUUGGGACAGCACUGGAAAUCUGUCCUUCAGGCUCGUGUGGGAUUUGAGCCAAUGGCAUUGCAUUGAUUAUCAUUAAGGAAUUCGGAGCUUAAGUUCAGAAUCUUGAUUCAUGAAUCAUUCCCUACAUGAAUGGAAGUUUUCUGAAGUCACGGACAGCUUUGUUUGUCCCAGAAGAGAAAUUGUUUGGCCUCUGGCUAAAUAACAUUCAUGAGAACAUGAAGUCCUGCUUUGUGGUAGAUAUGAUACUACAUGUAGAACUGUGAACAUUUCUGUUCUCAACCACAUUUCUCUUUCAAACUUUUGAAAUUCAUAUUACAUUGACAGCUUUCAAAUUCACUAUAUGUACACAGAUCAAACUAGCAGUAACAGAUUUUUUUUCAUUUGUAAUGACUAGGAUUUAUUCUAGUGUUCAGUUCCAUUUUGACACUUGAUUCGAUUAAAUUACACAGCUUCAUUUAUUUGGACAUCACGUUUUCAAGAAAAUGUUUGUGUUUUGCAUGUGUAAUUGUUAAAAAAUUAACUGUCCGAUGUAGACAUCAAAUGUAUAUUGUAUCCAAUCUUGCUGUUGGCAUUUUCUGAAACCGGCCAAAUCUAGCUCUGCAACACUGUAAGCACUACGUACAUUACAUUUACAAUGCACACUUGGAAAUUCUGGGCUGGACAGUUCAUGAAUCACCUUUACAGCUGGUGAGACCAUCUACUUCACCAUCGUAAGCGUUGGUAUUCAGAACUGUCCAUGCCCAUAUCAAGGUUUGCCAUUCACAACUUGAGGAUAAACACAGCAGUUUAAGGUUCACAAGUCUUGGGGAUAGAUAAAUCAUAUUAAAUCUGCCAGUUGCAGGUCUUUUUCAUUCCAAAGAGAAAGAUGGGGCACCGUUUCCAAAAAAGUUUUUGAAAUUCCCUACUGACGGGAAAGCAAUUGUAAGAUCUGUUUAUCGUUUUUGUUGCUACCCUGACAUGGUUUUUGCACGAUGUUUCAGAGAUUGUUUAUCCCGAAGUUGAAAUGGUUAAAUCCUGAGGUGUACACAUGCAGUCGGUAUCGGUAAUGUAAAACUUGGCAUAUUGGCUUUGAGCAUUAACUAAAGAGGGUGCUCUUUGGCUACAAAUGAGAGCUGUUGAAAGUCAUUGACAUCCUACUGGUUUACUUGUGUUUAAUCAGUCCAAUUUGCAAAGCAGUGCGUACUGACUGAAAAGACAGGCUUUCAUCCAGCAACAUGUGGGAAGUGGUUAACAACCUUUACUUAGUUUUUAAACCAGUUAGCUCGCUAGUUCACGUAAGCUAUUGUCACGGGUUAAUGUGGGAUAACUUCAGAGACGAUACAAUAUAAUAGGCUUAAAAUGGUUCUUUGACCACGAUUAAUUUUAUGUAUGGAUGGGAAAUACUUUAGAUGCACAGGCAAAUUUGCUAUUCUCUCUCUCACGAAUGAAAGGAUUCAUUGUUAGUCAAGAAAAAAAGGGUGGGAAUACCCAUUUUGAUCUAUCGCUCACAUCACAUUUCAACACUAUGAACACCACUGUUGUAAAUGGAGGCAUAGCUUUAGCAGCUGGUUCUUUAAAGUUCCAGUUACUGUAGUUUCUGUAUAAUUCCACUUUCUGUUCUGCACAGUUUCAGAAAUCCAGUUCAAUAAACAGCAGUAAAAAUCAUAUGA